AUGCAGCGGCCGGGGGAGCCGGGCGCAGUGCGCUUCGGCCCGCCCGAGGGCUGUGCCGCCGACCACCGACCGCACCGCUACCGCAGCUUCAUGAUCGAGGAGAUCCUCACCGAGCCUGCCGGGCCCAAGGGCGCCGCUCCGGCCGCCGCCGCCGCCGCCGCCGCGGGCGAGCUGCUCAAGUUCGGCGUGCAGGCGCUGCUGGCGGCGCGGCCCUUCCACAGCCACCUGGCAGUGCUGAAGGCGGAGCAGGCAGCCGUGUUCAAGUUCCCGUUGGCUCCGCUGGGCUGUUCCGGACUGGGCUCUGCCUUGCUGGCCGCAGGACCUGGGUUGCCUGGCGCUGCUGGUGCGCCGCACCUGCCGCUGGAGCUCCAACUUCGUGGGAAGCUGGAGGCCACAGGCCCUGGGGAGGCAGCCACGAAAGCCAAGAAAGGUCGCCGGAGCCGCACUGUGUUUACUGAGCUUCAGCUGAUGGGCUUGGAGAAACGCUUCGAGAAGCAGAAAUACCUCUCCACCCCGGAUAGAAUAGAUCUCGCUGAAUCCCUGGGCCUGAGCCAGUUGCAAGUGAAAACGUGGUAUCAGAAUCGGAGGAUGAAGUGGAAGAAAAUAGUUCUUCAGGGAGGAGGCCUGGAGUCCCCUACCAAGCCUAAGGGGCGGCCCAAGAAGAAUUCCAUCCCCACGAGUGAGCAACUCACGGAGCAGGAGCGUGCCAAGGAGACCGAGAAGUCGGUGGAAGUCCCGGGCGAGCCCAGCGACAGGACCCGUGAGGACUGAGUUCCACCGAGGGUGCUGAGCCCCGGGAGGGACCCCCGUGCUGCCUGCGGGAACCCACACGCCGCCGGCUCUUGCGCAACCACGCCACGCCCGUUUGCUUUCGAAACAUUUUAUGAUUACUUUGAACGCGGACAAUCAGGGGCCAAAUGAGGAAAGGACACAUACGCCCUGAAGCCAAACCCAGGACUCAGCGAGUUCCUAGCCCAAACCUGGGAAAGUCGCGUCCCGUGUGGAGGAAGCUUCUAGUCUUCCCGAGCUCCGCAGCGCCGGCGCUCCACGUGCACUCACGCCCUGCUCCUUGCCCACACCCACAUCCCCGGCCUCCAGCCGGCCUUCCAGGCCAGGACUUGGGCUGGGGCUGGCACACAUCCGCUUCCGCGCGCGCUCGCGCGUCGGGGACCAGGCUGCCAGGAACCGGGUCACUACUAGGGCCUCCCCAACCCCAGACAGCGCCUCCGAGAUAUCCCGGCAGCGCCACCACCCGAGGCUGAGUCUCUGGGGCUUUCUACCCCUGUCUUACGAAAACGGUGAUCUUUUAUUAUGUUUUUUCCAAUAAA